AUGGCACAGCAAAAUGAAUCCAAAGCCACAGACUCGGACGCGCAACAACCAGGAGCGUCCGAGUCGCUGAGGGCUUCUUCUGGCUCGGAUCCUGGAUCAAAAGAAGGUGGCGCCGAAAUGGCGGCGCCGUACGGCACACGCUCGCGCAACAGGACGGGCAAUGCCCGCAUCAACUACGCAGAGGACAAGGACAUCGAGAUGGACAACUAUGACUACUACCAUUCCAAGACCAACCCUGACGGCAGCGGCAAGAAGCCGUCGCGACAAAGCACAGCGGCUGCGAAUGGCGACGGUCCCCUUCGCGGCAGCGGGUCGCGCAAGCUGGGCCUCGACGACGGCAAAUCUGCUGGGUCGUCCCAGAACGGGUCCCGGGAACAGAGUUCGAGCAAUGGCGGCGGCGGCGGCGGCGGCGGCAGCAGCACCGCUGCAUCGCAGCCCGCGCAGGCAUCAGUCGCAUUGCAGCCCUCGUCGCGCAAGCGCAAGGCCACAACAACGCAAUCCGCGACUGCAUCGUCCAUGUCAUCACCAGCCGUCAUGUCGACAAAACGCAUCGGAAACGCGAUGCAAGUUACGGGGCCGCCACUGCGGGAGACCAACCUCAUGACGUUUGAGCACAGCAACGCCCGCCCGGAAAAUGGGCGGAUGAAAGCUGACGACGGGACGGUGCUGGAGCCAAAUGACCAUGUGUAUCUCGUCUGCGAACCCCCCGGCGAGCCCUACUAUCUGGGCCGCAUCAUGGAGUUCUUGCACGCCGGGAACGACACCUCCAGACCCGUGGACGCGGUACGCAUCAACUGGUUCUACCGCCCUAAGGAUAUCGGGCGCAAGGCCGUCGACACGCGCCAGGUCUUCGCCACGAUGCACUCCGACAUUAGCCCGCUGACGGCGCUGCGCGGCAAGUGCCGCAUAAUGCACCGCGGCGAGAUUGACAGCAUGGACCAGUUCCGCAAAACGCCCGACAGCUUCUGGUACGAGAAGCUCUACGACCGCUACAUCCAAAAGAAUUACGACCUUAUCCCGACCGCCAGCAUCGUCAACGUUCCCGACAAGGUCAAGAAGGUGCUCGAUGAGCGCUGGAAGUUCGUCUUGGUGGAGCAGGGGCGUGGUAAGGAGCUGACUAGCGCCGUCAAGCUCUGCAAGAGAUGUAGCGGCUACUGUGCCAGUAACGACUCUGUCGAUUGUGCAGUAUGUCACAACACGUAUCACAUGAACUGCGUCCGGCCGCCGCUGCUCAAGAAGCCGUCGCGCGGCUUUGCAUGGUCCUGUGCCGCCUGCAGCAGAGCGCAGGAGCGAAAACUCGAGGCCCGCAACACGCCCAGUGGCACUGAUGCCAAUGGCGACCUCGAAGACGAUGAGCUCCUCGACGACGAAGACGAGGAUGCUCAAGGCAUUGAAACCGAUCGCACUACCCCAGCAGAUGAGGAACACCACCAUCAGGGUACCGCCGAGCAAAUCUACCAAGCGAGCCUUUGGCCGUGGCGGUACCUGGGAAUGCACUGCAAGCCGGAGGACGCGCUCGACUACGACGACCGUAUCUACCCUCGAGCAAGCACGCGUAUUGGGCCGCGACAUCAGGCAAACGUCACACCUUGGCCUGGCCGUCCCGUCGAGUAUGUCAAGCCGCUGGAGGUCAGAAGGGGACCAAGGGGUCCAAAGAUCUCCAAAGAGGCUUUGGACGCCGAGAAGGCCCUGCGCGGCAAGCGACCGAAGUGGGUCCAGGAUCAGCCUCCCGGUUACGUCGCACGAGGCGAGGAUCAUGAUGAGAACGACCCAAAUGCGACCUCGACGCUCCUCUGGAAGCCCCCGACGCAAGACAAGAUUAGCGACGAAGACGUGAAAGAUUACAUGAAGAAGGCGCAAGUCUUCGCAAAGAAACUUGGACUCCCUGAGCGCUCCACCAACCUACAGGACAUCGCACUUGAGACUCUCUUCCAGCAUGAUUACGACCCGUCAACCGCUCUUCAGGAUCUUCCGGACACUGAGCAGGGCGUAUUCAAAGAACCCUUGUUGACCCCGGCUGAACAGAAAAAGUUCGAGGAAGGUGUGGCCAAGUAUGGCUCUGAACUUCAUUUGGUCAUGAAGCAUGUGAAGACGAUGACGCCAGGGGAGGUCGUACGCUAUUACUAUACGUGGAAGAAGACAGAGCGCGGUCAGCAAGUAUGGGGUAGCUUCGCCGGCAGGAAGGGCAAGAAGCACGCGAGGAGGGCCGAAGAAGCUGCCAACAAACUUGCUGACGACGUGGCGGAUCACGAGGACGACUCCGCGUUCGACACAGCCAAGGCGGCGGAGAAGAAGCGCAGCUUCAUCUGCCAAUUCUGCUCCACAACUACGUCUCGCCAGUGGCGGCGGGCUCCAAACGCCUCUUCCGGACUCGUUGGCGACAACGCAAACAAAGGAAAUGGGAAAGACAAGGGCAACCAGUAUGUCACUGCUCUCUGCCGGCGAUGCGCAGAACUGUGGCGUCGAUACGGCAUUCGUUUUGAGGAGAUGGAGGAGGUGGCCAAGAAGGUGGCUCAAUCUGGUGGAAGGGCGUGGAAGCGCAAACAAGACGAAGAGCUGUUGAAAGAGCUCCAGGCAGCCCAGGAAAUGGGUCUUAUGACGCCAGACCGCGACGUUACGCCCAUGAGCGGCUCCUUGAAUGCUGGCCAGGAGCCUCCGAGGAAGAAGCUGAAGGGAGCCCCUGGUCCCGCCGACAAGGAUCAGGACUCGGCAUACUCCGACGGUGGCGGCGUUCCAGGGUCCGGUCUCUCUAAGAAGAAGGACAAGUACACCGAGAGCACACCUAUACCCGAGAUGCCGAAGCCCCGCGUCCUGCCUUGUGCAAUUUGCGAUCAGAUGGAGCCGCUAGGCGAGCAGCACAUCUCGUGUCGCGAGUGCCGCUUGACCGUACAUCGAAACUGCUACGGCAUCAUGGACAACCGCAUGCAGGGCAAGUGGAUAUGCGACAUGUGCUCGAACGACAAGAACCCCCAGCUCUCGAUUCAAUACAAGUGUGUGCUCUGUCCCGUGGAGCACACCGAACAAGACUUCGUCGAACAGCCGAAACUUACUCACCACAAGAAGAAGAUGUCGGAGAAAGAUCGCGAGCGUGAGAGGCUGGAAGUGCAACAGGCGCGCAAGGCUGCUGAGUACUACCGCAAGCAGCAGGAAGACUUGAACCGCCCGGUGAACCCCAGAGAGCCUCUCAAACGUACGGCGGACAACAACUGGGUUCACGUUACCUGUGCGGUGUGGACUCCAGAGGUCAAGUUUGGCAACGCCAAGGCUCUCGAGCCGUCCGAGGGCAUCCCGUCGAUUCCGCGGUCCAGAUACGACGAGACCACGUCGAAUGUGCGCGGCAGCAAGGCCAUCUACUCGGAUUUGAUGUCAGCCCUGUGA